AAAACCUUUUGCCCAACACAAACCCCCAGAGAAAAAAAUCGCCUCAACCCCCCCCCCCCCCCCCCCCCUCAGAAACGAUUUUCCACAUUGAACGGUACUUUCAUGCUCAAAUUUGCAGGGAUAAGUGAUCUUGCAGAGAUACGCUUUUGGUAAAAAUUUCAGCUCGAUUGGUCAUACUAGACCGAAUUUCCAGCUGAUUCAUGGGUCAUUUUUGGCCUUCACGAGAAUCGAUAUAACUUCGUCAUAACAAGAGAUAGAGAGCUCGGGCUAAUUUCAAAUUAAAGUCCAUGUCAAGACGCAACUGUUGUCCGAACAGAAUUUUUAUAUUCCGUAUUGUUCAUUUUUUAUGAGCACUUUAGUACAAGGGUCUUAAAAUCAGCAUAAAAAAUGGUGGUCCAACUACAGUAAAUCCCACUUUUCUCAGCCCAGGAAUCAACUUUAAAGAAUCCGUUCGGAUAAAAGUUUAAUCUCAUUGAGGCCUUUAAACCAAAAACAAAUAUUGAUAAUAGCUCGAAAAAUGACGGAGGAGUUCCAAUUUUUCUGAUUGGAAACUAUGUUCUGAGAAAAAUUCGAAAGAAGUUUUAGAAUAGGUUGUUUUUCAUUUAAAUUCAAAAAAAUCAUAUUAAAAUGGCAUAUUUCAAAUAUGUUUCCUUGGACUUUUUUAAAGCGCGUAACAGAUGCAGUAAGCUAUCGCCCCAUCUGUCAUGCUGAAAUAGUUUUGCUCUGCUCUUUUUCGGAUGACUGACUUAUUUUUAUGCCACAGCAUCGACACGAUGAUUCACAUCGUUCUUUGAAUGAAUAAAAAAAACCUGAAAGUUUUUGGGGAAAGAUGAGUAAGACGCUACAACCGACUUAUAAUUAGCGUCACUCAUGUUCUCUCAGCAACAAGGCAUUAUCACUUCUUGUUUUCUAGAUUUUUUAAUUAUUCUACGCUAAUAUUGUCUGGAAUGCCAGGUCGUUCGAAAUUGGAAAAGCAACGAAAGCUGCACCUGGUUCAAAACAUUUCCACAUCGCGAAAAAUCGUUAACAGUGUCACAAGAAAGACACAUAAACUACAAAAUGAUCUUAUUUCUGACAUAGAUCGACCAACUGGUAAUGAAAAUUUUACGUACAAAAAACGUCCAUUUGCCGGUCCAUCAUGCGAAAAAUUAUCAAAUUUUCUUGAACAACAACAAAGUACAGAUAUUGAUGAAGAUACAAAUGAUUAUUAUCAGAUAAUUCACAAUUCAUUUUUAUUUGAAUUAAUGAAACAAAGUAUUUGUAUCUCGUGUAAAUCAAUAUGGAAUGGUGAUAUGUCUGUUGCAAAAAGGGAAGGUACUGUUUAUGUUGUCUUCUCUCACGUAAAACUUAAUAAUUACAUAUAUAUUUUAGGAUUAUAUUGUUCUCUGGUGUUUACAUGUCACUGCUCGAACGAAAUUAAAAUCAAUACAUCUAAGCAAUGUCCAAAAACUUCUAAACGAGAUAUUAAUAUUCGAAGUGCAAUUGGUUGGUAA